AUGCUUGAAUUAAUCUUGACAGUUGGAUAUUAUAUCAAUUCAAGUGUUACAACUUAUAAACCAAUUCAUAGUUUUAAUAUUAGUUUUUUACCGAAAUUUCAUUCAACAAAAGCAAAUGAUGGUCGUCGUUCAUUACUUCAUUUUAUUGAACAAGCUAUUGAAGAUAAACAUCGUGAUUUACUUUCAUUUUCUAAUGAAUUUUAUUUACUUGCUGAUGGUCUAUGUAAAAGUGAGCUUGUAUGUCUUAAGAUAAAACAAAAAAAGAUUUUUUUCUAUAAUUCGUUCUAUUUAAUAUACUUAAACUUCAAAAACAACCACAAGAAAUAAAUCGUGAAUUAAAAAAUGCACGAGAUUAAUUAGCUAUUUCAAAAGAAGCUGAAGAACAAAUUGAAGAUGAUCGAUUUGCCCAAGCAAUUGAAGUAAGUUGAAUUUUAGAAAAUAAAAAAAAUUAAUUGAGACUUAUUUAUGUAUGAUCUAAUCACGAGUGGGUGUGUGUAUAAGUGUAGAUGAUGCGAAGACUCACACCCAUACUCUGUACAUAUAAACUCAUCUUUUUGUCGAGAUUCAGAACUUAUGAAACACCAUAUACAUCAUCAAGGUGGUAAAUGUAUAAUUUUUAAUUUAUUAAUCAGUUUAUUUAUAUAUUUACAUAAUUCAUUAUGGUUAAUAAUAUUGAUACUUUUUCAAUAGUUGCAUAUCAUGAGAUAUCUAAAUAUUUCAAAUUGUGUCAGUUGUUGAUAAUUAUUCUCAACGAUAAUAUGCAUCUUUUGAAGUAUCUUUUUGUGUACUCAAAAAGUGAGUACACUCUAGAAUCGGUCAGUGUGUCCGUCCGGCCGGCCGUUAACACGAUAACUUUUGAAAGGAGAGUCCAAUCGCGAUGAAAUUUUCUACACAGUUC